CCCAAAACAGGCAUCUAAAAUUCCAUAUUUCUCAGUGUCCCUGCAAAACAUAAUGGCCUAGCUGUUCUUGGAUCCGGAGUUUCUGGGUCUUUCAUCUCUUAUUUUUUAUCUCCACAACACACUGCUACACACUACACUACUAGUAGUUGGUUUAUUAUAAUAUACACAAGAAAGAAAAGAAGCAUAACCAUUGAUAGAUAAACCCACAAAAACAUGAUUUGGUUUUUCUCUCAUUGUCACUCCUUUCUAGGCUCAUUUUAUCCCUUUCCUUUCUCUGCCUAGUUUCAUUGGGGUUUGCAUUUGUAUUAACUCCAACAACAUUAACAAACUGCAGCAUCAACUUAGUUUCUUGUAAUGCCUGCUCAUCUAUUUUUUACCACCUUCUUUUCGGUUUUAGUACUGGCUUCCUCAGCUGUCAACCCUCAAGGCCAGGCUCUUCUGUCAUGGAAGAAGGGAUUAAAAGGCUCCGCGGAGGAUAGUUUACGCGACUGGGACGCGUCCCACGACACUCCCUGCAAGUGGUUUGGCGUUUCUUGUGACCAAAACAAUCAAGUGGUGGAGCUGAGCUUGAAGUAUGUUGAUUUACUUGGAAAUGUUCCGAGUUAUUUUAACGCGUUAGGAUCGUUGAAGAGGCUGGUUUUGUCAGGGACGAAUCUCACCGGUUUGAUCCCGAAAGAGAUUGGUGGCCUUCAAGAGCUGGUUCAUUUGGACUUGAGUGACAAUGCAUUGACAGGUGAAAUCCCAAGUGAGAUUUGCCACUUGCCUAAGCUUCAACAACUUCUUCUCAAUUCAAACCAUCUUGAAGGAUCGAUACCAGAUGAAAUAGGCAAUCUUUCGAGUUUGAUUUGGUUGAUUCUUUAUGAUAAUCAAAUCAGCGGUGCAAUUCCAAGUACUAUAGGAAACUUGAAGAAGCUUCAAGUGAUUAGAGCUGGUGGCAACAAAAAUCUUGAAGGUCCAUUACCACAAGAACUCGGAAACUGCACCGACUUGUCUUUGAUAGGCCUUGCGGAAACAAGCAUAUCAGGAUUCUUGCCUCCCACUCUAGGCCUCCUCAAGAAACUCGAAACUCUUGCCAUCUACACUUCACUUCUCUCCGGUCCAAUCCCUCCUGAGCUCGGUGACUGCACCGAGCUCCAGAACAUCUACUUAUACGAAAACUCAUUAUCCGGAUCAAUUCCAAAACAUCUUGGAAAUCUAAAGAACCUUCAGAACCUCUUGCUGUGGCAGAACAACUUAGUCGGCACUAUUCCCCCAGAGCUCGGAGACUGUACACAAUUGCUCGUCAUCGACAUCUCAAUGAACACAUUAACAGGAAGCAUUCCCACAACAUUUGGAAACUUGACCUUGUUACAAGAAGUUCAAUUGAGCGUCAAUCAAAUAUCCGGUCCAAUUCCAGCUCAAUUAGGCAACUGUCGAGGCCUUACUCACAUCGAGCUCGACAACAACCAACUGAUCGGUUCAAUUCCUUCAGAAUUCGGGAACCUCGAGAACCUCACCUUAUUGUUCCUAUGGCAAAAUCAGCUCCAAGGCGAAAUUCCUGCCUCCUUAUCAAAUUGUCAUAACCUCGAGGCUAUCGACUUGUCGCAAAAUGCACUGACAGGUCCGAUUCCCAAAGGCAUUUUCCAGUUACAAAAUCUCAACAAAUUCUUGCUCUUGUCAAACAACUUAUCUGGUGUAAUACCACCGGAGAUCGGAAACUGCUCGUCGCUUAUUCGAUUAAGAGCAAACGACAACAAGCUGACCGGAUCAAUUCCGCCGCAGAUAGGGAAUUUGAAGAACAUCAAUUUUCUCGAUCUCGGAUCCAAUCGUCUCAGCGGAGUAAUUCCACCGGAGAUCUCCGGUUGCCGGAAUCUCACAUUUCUGGACUUACAUUCAAAUUCAAUCGCCGGAAUUUUGCCGCCAAAUUUGAAUCAGCUCAAUUCUCUCCAAUUCUUAGACGUAUCGGAUAACAUGAUAGAAGGAGGAUUGAAUCCGAGUCUCGGCUCGUUGAACUCACUCACCAAACUCGUUCUCGCGAAGAACCGAAUAUCCGGUCCGAUUCCCGAUCAACUCGGUUCGUGUUCAAAGCUUCAGUUAGUUGAUUUAAGUACUAAUCUUCUCUCCGGUGAAAUUCCGGCGAGUAUUGCGAAGAUUCCAGGUCUUGAGAUAGCAUUGAAUCUCAGCUGGAACAAACUCUCCGGCGAGAUUCCCUCUGAAUUCGGUGAGUUAGAUAAGCUUGGAGUGUUGGAUCUCUCGCACAAUUCUCUCUCCGGAGAUCUUAAAUAUCUCGCGGAUCUUCAAAAUCUGGUGGUACUCAAUAUCUCGCAUAAUAAUUUCUCAGGCCACGUGCCGGAUACUACAUUCUUCUCGAAACUCCCACUGAGUGUCCUAGCCGGCAAUCAGGCUCUGUGUUAUUCUGGUAAUCAAUGUCCUGACGAUAAAUUUGGAUCUUCAAAACACGGUGGUGCCAGAGUGGCAAUGAUUGUGCUAUUGUGCGCGGCGUGCGCAUUACUGUUAUCUGCUCUCUAUAUCAUCCUAGCUGGAAGAAAACAGGACCGCAAGUCCCACGACAACGACCUCGAAAGCCAAGAUGAUGUGGAAUUGGGGCCCCCUUGGGAAGUUAUGUUGUAUCAGAAGCUCGACUUGUCGAUUGCUGAUGUGGCAAGAAGUUUGAUAGUUAACAAUGUGAUAGGUCGAGGCCGGACUGGAGUUGUUUACCGUGCAACAAUUUCAUCAGGGCUGGUGAUCGCGGUUAAAAGAUUUAGAGCGUCGGAGAAAGUGUCAGCGUCAGCAUUUUCGUCUGAAAUUGCCACGCUGGCACGUAUCCGACACAGGAAUAUUGUGAGGCUAUUGGGAUGGGCAGCUAACAGAAAGACAAAGUUGCUGUUUUAUGAUUAUUUGGGGAAUGGUACAUUGGGUUCAUUUUUACAUGAAAACAAUGGAGGAGUGGUGGAUUGGGAAAUUCGGUUCAAGAUUGCGUUAGGGGUUGCUCAGGGCUUGGCUUACUUGCACCAUGAUUGUGUACCAGCGAUUCUCCACCGCGAUGUGAAGGUGCAGAAUAUACUUUUAGGAGACCGGUAUGAGCCAUGUUUAGCGGACUUUGGCCUUGCCAGGCUCGUGGAAUAUGACCAUGGUUCGUUUUCUGCCAAUCCGCAAAUUGCAGGAUCUUACGGCUACAUGGCUCCAGAAUAUGGUUCCUCUGUCAAGAUCACUGAGAAGAGCGAUGUCUACAGCUACGGUGUGGUCUUGCUUGAAAUCAUAACAGGGAAGGAACCGGUUGUACCAACAUACCCGGAAAGCCAACAUGUCAACCAAUGGGUCCGCGCUCACUUGAAAAGAAAGCAAGAUCCAGUUGACAUCAUAGAUGCAAAGCUUCAAGGCCACCCUGAUGCACAGAUACAAGAAAUCAUACAGGCUCUCGGGAUAGCUCUUCUAUGCACCAGUGAACGCGCAGAGGAUCGCCCCACAAUGAACGAUGUUGCCACAUUAUUGAAAGAGAUACGUCAUGAUUCACCUGCUGGAAAUGAAGCCAUCAAGCCUGCAGCCAGCAAGUUGCUGUCGAAAACAUCGGAUGUUGCAUCAUAUACUUCCACCUCAGUGACGCCAGCUCAGUUGAUGCAAUUCAAAGGGUCAUCAAAUUCCUCUCUGGCUUACUCAUCAUCCUCUGCAAACUAUCCCUCCAGGAAUUAAUCAGCAUUAGUGUUUUUUAUUAGGAUUAUAUUAUAUAGUUAGCAGAGUUGCUUAAGUAUUGCGUUUGUAAAGAGAUUUAAUUAGGAAAGUGUUCUGCACUAGAGAGCCCAAGUAUAAGAAAAAUGAUCGUAUAACCACCUAACAGUAAUGUUCUCCCUAACUAGUGCAUGAAGCCAUUUCUUUAUAUUAAUAAAACCUCUAGCAGAUGUUACUGACC